CCAAUUCUCUUUGUCUUCUUUUAAAAAGCGUUUGAUGGAUGUUAGGUUUUCAUAAGACCUUGCUCUGCUCCCACCUGUGUCUUCUUUACUCUAUAGACCUUUCUUUUGUUCAACAAAGAUCAAAAUUUUCAAGUUGAUACAAUAUUUAGAAGGAAAAGGAAAACAACCCAAGUUUUAAAAUCUACAUUUUUCCCUUUGUUUUACGUUAUUGUUGGUUUAAACUUUGAAGUGAAGGGAAAUUAUGGAUUAUUUCGAGCUUUCCGCAAGUUCAUCUUACCAAGAUUACCUUAAGGUUGUUGAAGCUGACAUUCAGCAUGCAAAUGUGCUAGCGGCUUCUAUUCCAAGAGCUAAGGGAGGUGGAUGUCUUCAAAUGAAGCUGGUUUACAAUCAUUUGGCACCCAUUUUCUUGUUUUUUCUUCAGUGGUUGGAUGGCUCAUGUUCAUGUCUACUUUCAAGUUAUGUUAACCUAUUUCACAUUGUUGUGUAUCAGGUAUGCUGCGAUGGCAGGCCAACUAUGUCUUCAUGUAGAAGGAAAGCAACCAUAAGGGAAUUCUAUUCUGUCAUAUUACCAUCUCUUCAGCAUCUUCAAGGUGACCUCUCAGAGCUUGAUGUAACUUCAGAGGAAGACCACUGCUUUGAGAUGGUUGUCAAGAAGAAAUUAGACGAUAAGAGGAAAGUAUCAGAUGUGGAGUUGGAGAGAGAAGAUGAAUGUGGAAUCUGUCUGGAGCCAUGCAAUAAAAUAGUUUUGCCAAAUUGCUGCCAUGCAAUGUGUAUCAAUUGCUAUCGUGACUGGAGCUUAAGAUCAGAAUCUUGUCCAUUUUGUCGUGGAAGUCUAAAAAGAGUAACUUCUGGGGACUUGUGGGUUCUUACACACAGUACUGAUGUGGUUGAAACCCAAACCAUGUUAAAGGAGGAUAUAUUGCGCUUUCAUUUGUAUAUAAACCAGUUGCCUAAGGAUUUGCCUGAUUCCUUGUUCCUAAUGUAUUACGAGUAUUUAAUCUAAUCUGCUGGGAGAAAUUCUGAUGUACAGAGAGAAAAUUGCCAACCGUUGGACGUGCAUAUAUUCUGGUGAGAUUUUCACAUUGAGAAUUUCAGUUCCACUAUGUUUUUAGCAAAAUAUUGUAUAUGAUCAUGUAAGAUUUCUGAUUAUUAAUAUAUUAAUUAUC